AUGCAACUGGGGGAGCAACUCCUAGGCGGUUCUGCUAAUCUGCCGGGCGCCCCGUUUUAUCCGCUGGAAGCCGCGGGCGGGAGAGCCGGCGGUACCACGCGACACCUCAACACUGGGUCGCCGCCGCGCCUGGACUUGGAGAAGGGGCCGAAAAAGUUCGGAGGCGCCUCUGGGCCGGCAGCGAGCCUGUUAGGUGAGGCCGAGGCGGCGGGCGAGACACCGCCCUUCGUCACUGCCGGCCAGAUGCCAUCCAAGGCGGCGGCCGAGGUCGCGGAUGGCGGGCGCAAGAGCUCUCCGUGUCCAACUGAGGAAGACGUGUUGCCGCCACCACCACCACCACCACCCCCGCCUGCGCGCUACGGUCUAGAUAGCCUGAGUCCUGAGCGGUACUACCUGCAAUCUCCCGGCCCGCAAGCUAGUGCCGAGCUGGGCAGUCCGUGCUCGCUUUUUCCGUACUCUGGGGCGGCCGGGAGCUCGCAGUCCGGCUCCAUUUACCAGGCGCCCAGUGGAGCGCGCUAUCCCUACGGUUCUAUGCUGACGCCGCCGGGCAGCUUUUCGACGGCAGCGGGUAGGACGCCCUUCGCUGCAGCCGCGAGCACGUAUCAGUAUGGCCAAGGCGCACCUCCCGGUGGCCUCUAUAACCCCUAUCCGCCGGCGGCGGCGGCGGGGGGCUCCUGCGGCGGCCUAGGGGGACUGACGAUGCCCGGCGGGGCAGGGGGGCUCCGGGCCCAGGUUUUCCUCUGCAAUCGGCCGCUCUGGCUGAAGUUCCACCGACAUCAAACCGAGAUGAUCAUUACCAAGCAGGGCAGGCGGAUGUUUCCUUUCCUGAGUUUCAACAUAACAGGCCUCAAUCCUACUGCCCAUUACAACGUUUUUGUGGAAGUAGUGCUUGCAGAUCCUAAUCACUGGCGCUUCCAGGGGGGAAAAUGGGUGACAUGUGGCAAAGCUGAUAAUAAUAUGCAAGGCAAUAAGGUUUACAUUCAUCCUGAAUCUCCCAAUACUGGAGCCCACUGGAUGAGACAGGAAAUCUCUUUUGGAAAACUCAAACUUACUAACAACAAAGGGGCUAAUAAUAAUAAUACUCAGAUGAUUGUUCUACAGUCCCUGCACAAAUAUCAGCCUCGUCUCCAUAUUGUGGAAGUGACAGAAGAUGGUGUUGAAGAUAUGAAUGACUCUACUAAAACACAAACUUUCAACUUUCCUGAAACACAGUUCAUAGCUGUUACUGCAUAUCAGAACACUGAUAUCACACAGCUUAAAAUUGAUCAUAACCCUUUUGCAAAAGGUUUCAGGGACAACUAUGAUUCCAUGUACACAGCUUCAGAAAAUGACAGAUUAACUCCAUCUCCUACGGAUUCUCCUAGAUCCCACCAGAUUGUCCCAGGAGCCCGGUACACUGUACAGCCCUUCUUCCAGGAACAAUUUGUCAACAACCUGCCACCAGCUAGAUUCUAUAAUGGUGAAAGAGCUGUACCACAGACAAAUGGCCUCCUCUCUCCGCAGCAAACUGAAGAAGUGACUAAUCCACCCCAGAGAUGGUUUGUCACUCCGGUCCAACAGUCUGGGGCCAACAAACUGGACAUGAAUUCCUAUGAAAGUGAUUACUCUCCAAGUAGCUUACUCUCUUAUGGUAUCAAAUCCCUUCCCAUUCAGACAUCCCAUGCAUUGGGGUAUUAUCCAGAUCCGACCUUUUCUUCUGUGGCUGGAUGGGGAAGUCGAGGCUCUUACCCAAGGAAAAUGUCUACCGGUUUACCUUGGACCUCAAGAACAAGCCCUCCGGGUUUCUCCGAAGACCUCCUUUCAAAAGAAAAAGUGAAAGAAGAAAUGGGGUCAUCUUGGAUUGAGACACCUCCAUCCAUAAAAUCUCUAGAUUCAAAUGAUUCUGGAGUUUAUACUGGUGCUUGUAAAAGGCGGCGACUGUCCCCAAACAGCUCCAGCAAUGAAAACUCUCCAACAAUGAAAUGUGAGGAUAUUAAUGCUGAGGACUAUGGCAAAGAUGUUUCUAAAGGCAUGGGCUACUAUGCUUUUUAUACCAGUUCUUAA